AUGGCCGUUUCAGCUCCCACUCCCAAGCUGGAUCGCUACAUUGUUAUCCACGUUGCGACCACCUGCGACGAACAUGGAGUCUACGUCACCAAGGACUCUGCUGAAGUGAUUGAGUUGGGGUGGAUCUUGUUGGAUACCAAAACCUGCGAGGAGUUGCACCAUGAGAGCGUUCUUGUCAAGCCCGUCAACACCCCCAUCACGCCUCUUUGCAGCACUUUCCGCGACGCCAUCAACCGCUUCGACGCUUUCGCCCAGGAACACCUCAUCAGCAAGAACCUGGAGUUCGCCUUUGUGACGUUGGAUUCGUGGGAUCUUCGUGUACAGCUGCCUCGUGAGGCUCGGGACAAGGCAGUCGUGCUUCCGGCAUACCUUCAGCACUCCCGGACAUUCGACCUCCGUACCGAAUAUCAGCGAUGGCAGACUCACCACCCCGAGUCUCUGCCCUUCGGCCCCAGCUCUCUCUCCAACAUCUGCGCCGCCCUCGAAGUCGAGCCCGUCCAGUCCUCCGCCCCCAUCAAGCACAACCUUCCCUUCCACCUGCAGGCGUUGGCUCCCGCCUCUCCCCGGCGCGCUAUGGAGGAGGCCAUCACCUUGGCCCGAGUGCUGCGCGGCUUGAUCCGGAAGUCUCAGCCCCCGCAUGAGCAUCCCGAGAUUCUCACCCGUCCCAUGGAUGCCAGAGCGGACGUUCGUGCCUUCCUGGCCGAGCGCAGCAAGGUUCUUCAUCUGAGCGGACUCCCCCACGACACCACGCAGUCCGAGCUGGAGAGCUGGUUCACUCAGUUUGGCGGUCGUCCGAUCGCGUUCUGGACCCUCCGCACCCCGGAUCAGCACAAGCCUACCGGCACCGGCUUUGCCGUCUUUUCGUCUCACGAAGAGGCUGCCGAGAGCCUCUGCAUGAACGGUCGUGCUCUUAACGAAAAGGCCAUCGAGGUGUCUCCUUCCUCUAGCCGUGUCUUGGACCGUGCCGCGGAGAUUUUGACGCCUUUCCCUCCCUCGAAGAACCGCCCUCGUCCCGGUGACUGGACUUGCCCCUCAUGUGGCUUCUCGAACUUCCAGCGCCGUACUGCAUGCUUUCGUUGCUCGUUCCCCGCGAUGGCCGCUGCCCCCGACCCGAUGGGAUACGGUUACGGCUACGGCCCGCCGUCCAUGAUGCCUCCUCACAUGGGCCACGGCCACGGAAUGGGCCAUUCCCGCGGCAUGGGCGGCAACGGUGGUGUGGUGCCUUUCCGUGCUGGUGACUGGAAGUGUGGCUCCGAGGGCUGUGGCUACCACAACUUCGCCAAGAACAUCAAUUGCCUGCGUUGCGGUGCUCCUCGGUCUGGAGCAGCAGUGGUGGCCGAUUCCGCUUUCCCGUCCCCGAUGGAUCCUCCCUCGAGCUUUGGCAUGGGCCCCAACUCCAUGACUAGCACCCCGGCACCCGGACCCUUCACGGCUAGCACUGGUGCCUUUGGCGGCUUUGGUCAACAGUUUGCCGCGCCCCCCAACAACUAUGCUGCCUUGCCUUCGGGCUUGGGAAGCGCCCCGGCCGCAUACCCCCCUAUGGGUCAAAUGAACGCUGGUUAUGGUUCCGCGAAUGCUUCCCAUUCUGCGGCCUCGUUCUCCAACCCGGCCGCCCAGGCUGCCUUCACGGGGGCUGAUCACAACUCGUCGACCAGUGCGUCCAACGGUGCCUUCUACGGCAAUGAUGGCUCGAGCGAUCCGUUUGCCUUCCUCUCGACGGGUUUGGGAGGUUUGACUGUGGGUGAAGAUGCCCACUCUCGUCGCAACGGCGCCAGUGCGAACAAGUCCCCCGCGUAA